AUGGGUGUCGAGGCAUUAAGAGCAGAAUAUCGAGCACUAGCCAAAUACCAGGAUGUGCCGUGUCAGGACCAACAUCGAAUCGUGUUAAAGUGGCCCGGUGCCCCAACCGAUUACAUCCAUGCGAACUACGUAGGAACGCCAGUAUCAGACAAGCGAUUCAUCUGUACGCAGGGACCUCUCGACAACACGGUCACCGAGUUUUGGAUGAUGGUACUGCAGGAGGAGUCAGAAACUAUUGUUAUGCUCUGUAAUUGCAUAGAAACGGGUAAAAUUAAGUGUUCUCCAUAUUGGCCAGACAGUGUGGGUCAAACGAAAACGUUUUCUGGAAUUGACAUUACUAAUCUGCAUAUACGGCCGAUGUCUCCUGAAGAGCCGUCUAUUGCUCUCAGUGUACUCAGCAUUAAAUUUACUAAACCAGAUGGCAACCACGAAACACGGGAAGUCCGACACUAUCAGUGGUUGGAUUGGCCUGAUCGGGGUGUGCCACCAUGUCGUCUCACCAGUAUGGAACUUUUGUCACGGAUACGUGGAACCAAAAAGCCAAUAAUUGUGCACUGCUCAGCAGGAAUCGGACGGACAGGAACAAUUGUCGCUAUUGAGUAUAUUUUAGAACGGAUGCAAGCAGGAGUUGAAUGUGCAAAUAUGUGUGACUUAUUGAAAGAGCUUCGACAUUUCCGGGCAUUCUCCAUACAAAACGACUUGGUACGUCUGAAAGAAUCUUCUCCAUCGGUCACAAAAAAAAACGAGACAAACAGACUGCAUUAA